AUGAUAUAUUUUCAUUACCAUUCAUUAUUUGCAGGAAUAUUUGCUUAUUUAAAUUUCCUGACUCCGAAAACCAGAAAUGAGAUCUUGAAGAUUUUGCUGAAGGGGUUGAAAAUGUUAGAGUAUCGAGGCUAUGACUCUGCCGGCAUAGCUAUUGAUGGUGGCAAUGAUGUUGCAAAGGGUGAAGGCUCCCAGAAUGAAAUGCUGCUAUUGAAACAAAAGGGAAAAGUUUCUGCCCUUGAGGAGAUUAUAUAUGAUGUAAACAAGCCAAAUCUGGAGGUGUUGUUUGAGAAUCACGUUGGCAUUGCACACACCAGGUGGGCUACUCACGGAGAGCCUAACUGGGUCAACACACAUCCCCAGAGAUCUGACCCCAAAGGAGAAUUUGUGGUCAUUCACAAUGGGAUCAUAACAAAUUACAAAGAUAUCAAGGCAUUUCUGACAAAAAGAGGAUUUCUCUUUGAAUCGGAAACAGACACGGAAACUAUAGUUAAGUUGAUCAAACAUUUGUACGAUGAGAGUAAGUCCAAUUCUAAGCCACCAACAUUCAGGGAACUCGUCGAACAUACCAUUGUUCAAUUGGAAGGAGCGUUUGCUUUGGCAUUCAAAAGUGUUCACUUUCCAAGUGAAAUUGUGGUUGCGAGAAGGGGCAGUCCACUCGUCAUUGGAGUGAAGAGCCAUACAAAACUGGCUACUGACAGAUUCCCUAUAUCAUUCAGUAAAGGUAAGGUUGGCUUAGGAGUUCAAGGCCAGUUGUACCAGACGACGUUAGAGGAUGAUGAAACAUCUACACUGGGACCUGUCGGUGCUGGCAAGGAGAUUGAAUACUUCUUUGCCUCAGAUGCCAGUGCAAUCGUCGAGCACACAAAUCAGGUGAUGUACCUGGAGGACAACGACGUGGCGGCUGUAGGUCGCAACGGCCAGCUGACCAUCCAUAGAAUUAGGAACAGCUCGGACGACCCACACAUGCCACUGAGUAGAGAAUUGACGACGGUUAAGUUGGAGAUACAACAACUCAUGAAAGGAAACUUCCGAACGUACAUGCAAAAAGAGAUCUUCGAGCAGUCGGAAUCAGUGCUGAACACGAUGCGGGGCAGAGUGAACUUUGACACGGACCAGGUCUUGCUGGGGGGGAUCAAGGAUCACCUGUCGGAGAUCAAGAGGUGCAGAAGGCUGCUUUUCAUUGCUUGUGGUACCAGCUACCACAGCGCCAUCGCUACAAGGCAGCUCUUGGAAGAAUUGACUGAAUUGCCAGUGAUGGUGGAUCUAGCCAGCGACUUUCUGGACAGGAACACACCUGUUUUUAGGGAUGACGUAUGUUUCUUCAUCAGCCAAUCAGGCGAGACAGCAGAUACACUGUUGGCACUGAGGUACUGCAAGCAGAGGGGAGCGCUCAUUGUCGGCAUCACCAAUACUGUGGGCAGUAGCAUAUGCAGGGAGUCGCACUGCGGUGUGCACGUCAACGCAGGGCCUGAAAUCGGAGUGGCCAGCACCAAGGCCUACACUAGUCAGUUCAUAUCAUUGGUCUUGUUCGGGCUGAUGAUAUGCGAUGAUAAACUUUCUAUGAGAGAGAGGAGGCAUGUUAUCAUUGCUGCCCUGAAGAAGUUACCUGAUCAAAUAAAAGAGGUUCUUUCAAUGAACGAUGAGUUGAUCAAACUGGCAGAGGAGUUGUACCUGCAGAAGAGUCUCCUGAUUAUGGGUCGUGGGUUCAACUACGCCACCUGCCUUGAAGGAGCUCUCAAAAUAAAGGAAUUAACGUACAUGCACUCGGAGGGCAUAUUAGCGGGUGAGUUGAAGCACGGACCCCUUGCCCUUAUCGACGAGGCCAUGCCCUUGCUCAUGAUUGUUCUCAGGGAUCCAGUUUAUAAGAAAUGCAUGAAUGCACUUCAGCAAGUUAAAGCGAGGAAUGGCAAUCCAAUAGUGAUAUGUAACAAGGGCGACGAGGAAACGAAGAAGAAUGCCUACAAAUCCAUCGAAAUUCCUGAAACUGUAGACUGUAUUCAAGGCAUUCUAUCCAUUAUCCCCUUACAGCUGCUAUCACUGCACAUUGCCGAGCUAAGGGAAUAUGAUGUUGACAUGCCUCGAAACCUGGCCAAAUCUGUAACUACUGAAUGAUUGGUUGAUUUAAAAAAAAUCGCAGUUUGGCGUGUGUGUCUGUGUGUGUGUGUGCGCGUGAUUGGCUGAUUAUUGAAAGUAAAUGAGCACGUGAUCAAAUGAUCAACAAAAAAAUAUCAAUUUAAUGUUUGAUGCAUCUACAUUUUGUUUAUCGGUGUCUAUCUGUAUCUUCUUUUAUGUGUUUGUGUGUGUGUGUACAUGUGUGUGUACAUGUGU